AAGAAGAUGAUGUUUAUCAUCCUGCGCGAUGGCACUGGCUUCCUGCAGUGUCUCCUCACUGGCGAUCUCCCACAGACGGAGGAUGGCUUGGCCCUCUCCACUGAGUCCUCCCUCUUCGUAAAAGGCACUGUCUGCAAAGUACCCGAAGGUCAGAAGGCCCCUGGUGGGAUUGAGCUCCAAGUUGAUUAUUGGGAGUGUAUUGGUCGGGCGCCGGCCGGUGGUGUUGAGUCGGUCGUGACUGAGGAGUCAGAGGUCGACUUGCAGCUGGACCAACGCCAUUUCAUUAUCCGAGGAAUGAACACAUCGAAAAUAAUAAAGCUCACGGCUGUUAUUGCCGAGGCAUUCAGGGAGCACUAUGCGGAUCGCGGUUUUACUGAAGUUCAUCCGCCAACUCUGGUUCAAACGCAGGUUGAAGGUGGCUCCACUCUUUUCAAACUGGACUACUUCGGCGAGCCCGCAUUCUUGACUCAAUCCAGUCAACUGUACCUUGAGACCUGCAUUCCGGCAGUCGGUGACUGCUACUGCAUGGUUCGCAGUUACCGCGCUGAGAAGAGUCGUACUCGUCGCCACCUGUCCGAGUACAUUCACAUAGAGGCCGAGUCACCGUUUAUCGACUUUCCUGACCUACUUAACCAAAUCGAGGAUCUCGUUGUGGACGUCAGUGAACGUGUCAUGAAGAAAGCCGGUGAUUUGGUUCUACAGGUUAAUCCAGAGUUCAAAGCACCGACUAAACCCUUCAUGCGGAUGGAGUAUCGAGAUGCGAUUAAUCGACUGAAUAGGAUGGGUAUCCAUAAGGAGGAUGGCAAACCAUUCGAGUUUGGCGAUGACAUACCUGAGGCACCGGAGCGCCAACUCACUGAUAAAAUCAAUCGCCCCAUUCUCCUCACCAAGUUUCCCACCGAACUGAAGUCGUUUUACAUGCAGCGUGUCAAAGAAGACCCUGCCGUUACUGAAUCCGUUGAUUUGCUGAUUCCUGGCGUCGGUGAAGUCGUGGGUGGUUCAAUGAGGAUGACAGACUACAAUGAUCUCAUGGCCGGUUACAAGCGCGAGGGCAUUGACCCAACUCCGUACUACUGGUAUACGCAACAGCGUGAGUUCGGUACGUGCUCUCACGGCGGCUACGGUCUGGGCUUUGAGCGGUUCUGCACGUGGCUUCUGGGUCAACACCACAUUCGUGACGUCUGUUUGUAUCCGCGUUAUACGGGCCGCUGCAGGCCUUAA